CUAGAUUUGGCUAUUCUUACAUCUGAAUGACAGUAGGGUUAACAACCAAGAAAUCACUAAAUCAAUGUUUGUCAUCUUUCUAAAUAAAAAAAUAGAAAUAAAACAUAGAUAUUCUUAUCUCAGUCUCAAAUAGAACAUAUUCCUGAUACACUUUGCGUUUUCGUUCCUAUUUUGUCACUGACAAUAAAAUAGAAAAGUUUAUCUUUUAAUAAUUCAGUGUACAAGUGGGAUAUUACAUAGUGAUUGUACAGUCACAUUCGUUCGUAAAAAAAAAAAAAAAAAAAAAAAAAAAAAACAGCACAAAAGACCUCAUAUCUUAGUGUCAUGUUUUGAUUGGUCAAGUCGCAUGAGGGAUGUGCAUUCACAAGAAUUUCCAGAUAAAAAGACAAAUAUUUUUCACUUCCAUUUGGAGUGACUCUCAGGUUAGGUUGUUUGUGUGUCUUUAACAGACUCUGUGUUCAUAAUAAUAAUAAUAAUAAUAAUAAUAACAACAAAUGAGUAAUUGAAGUAUUUAAAGUUUUCUGAAUUAGUCAACAUCAGCUGGAAAGAAAAUGAGUUAAAGAGAACCUCUGAUUUCAAAAGAAGAUUGCAUUAAAUCAUUUGGUAUUUAACUAACUAUAAAAAUUACUGUGGGAGUUUAUAAGAAAUAAAUGCUGAUGUGCUUCAAAAUGGCUCUUCCUGUUCCUCUGAUCUUUCUGCUCAUGAUUCACGGGGUUUCUAGUGCUGACUGGGGUGUGAGUUACAAACCUUUACACAUCUGUGCACUAAAUAACUCAUCAGUGAUAAUGAGCUGCACUUUUACAUACCCUACUGGACAUCAGAUCUCGAAAGUGUUCUGGACUAAAGACACUGUAAGGGGUAAAGAGCCUCCAGAUCUGUCUGAGGACCCUGAAUACAGUCAGAGGCUUCAGUAUCUGGGAGAUAAACAGCAGAACUGCACAAUGAGACUGAGUCAUGUGACACAGAAGGAUUCAAACAAGUACUAUUUCAGAUUUAUCACUAAUAAAUUUGAUGGUAAAUGGAUUGGCACUCCAGGAGUGACUCUUACUGUCACAGAUGACUUUGAUCUUCAGGUGGAGUCUCCUGAGAGAGUGACAGAGGGAGAUUCAGUCCGUCUGACAUGUAAAAGCAGCUGCACUCUGACUGACAGAGCAACAUUCAUCUGGUACAGAAACUCACAGCCAUUAACUGAGAGAAGAGACAGAAACAAUGAACUCCUGCUGCAGUCAGUCAGACGAAAGGAUGCAGGCAGAUAUAGCUGUGCUGUACACGGACACAAUCACACCUCUCCUGCUGUUCAGCUCAAUGUCAUGUAUCCACCCAGGAGCAUCUCAGUGUCCAUCAGUCCAUCUGGUGAAAUAGUGUCAGGAGAUUCAGUGACUCUGAACUGCAGCAGUGAUUCAAACCCUCCUGCAGAAAUCAGCUGGUUUAAGGGAGAAACUUUUGUAAGAGCUGGAAGAAUCUACAGCAUCUCAAAGAUCAGCUCUGAUGACAGUGGAGAAUACAAGUGCAAGUCCAUCAAUGAACAUGGAGAGAAAUACUCUGAUGCUGUGACUUUAAACGUCAUGUAUCCACCCAGGAGCGUCUCAGUGUCCAUCAGUCCAUCUGGUGAAAUAGUGUCAGGAGAUUCAGUGACUCUGAACUGCAGCAGUGAUUCAAACCCUGCUGCUCUGAAAUUCAGAUGGUUUAAAGGAGGAAUGUCUGUAGGAUCUGGAAGAAUCUACAGCAUCUCAAAGAUCAGCCCUGAUGACAGUGGAGAAUACAAGUGCAGAUCCAGAAAUGAACAUGGAGAGAAAAACUCUGAUACUGUGACUUUAAACGUCAUGUAUCCUCCCAGGAACAUCUCAGUGUCUAUAAACAAAUCUGGUGAAAUAGUGUCAGGAGAUUCAGUGACUCUGAACUGCAGCAGUGAUUCAAACCCACCAGCAGAAAUCAGCUGGUAUAAAGGAGGAACGUCUGUAUCUGGAAGAAUCUACAGCAUCUCAAAGAUCAGCUCUGAUGACAGUGGACAAUACAAGUGCAAGUCCAUCAAUAAACAUGGAGAGAAAUAUUCUGAUGCUGUGACUUUAAACGUCAUGUACCCUCCCAGGAACGUCUCAGUGUUGAUAAAGAGAUCUGGUGAAAUAAUGCCAGGAGAUUCAGUGACUCUGAUCUGCAGCAGUGAUUCAAACCCUCCUGCUCUGAACUUCAGAUGGUUUAAGGAGAAUGAAAGCUCAGCUGUUGGAUCUAGACAGAGUUUCAGUGCACUACAGAGUGGACGCUUCUACUGUCAGGCUCACAAUCAACAUGGAUCUCAGAGAUCAGACGCUGUAACUGUCACAGUUCAUCAUGGUGCUGGUAGGAAUGUGAUUGAGAACACAGCGGCAUCUGGAGGAUUCAUUGUAAUCAUAAUCAUCAUGUUCAUCAUAAUCAUCAUCAUCAUCAUCUUCUUUAUAUUAAAGAAACAAAGGAGUGUUAAAACUGAAGAUCCUACAGCGAAACAGAAUAAUCUCCAUUCUGACGCAUCACAGAGAGUUUCAGUCCAUGACGAGCCUCUUUCUGAACCGGAUUCAGCCAAUGACGCUCCGUAUGACAGUGUGAAACCAAACAGAUUUGGAGGAAAAACUCCCGAAUCUAGAGACACUGAGGAGGACCAGUACACAACUGCCCAACAUCUCAGAAAGGAAGAGAAGAAAAGACUGGAAGAGACUGAAUGUCAGAAUGACGAUAUAAGAGUUCAUCUGCCUGAGGCUGCCGUUUAGACGAUCAACUGUUGAAAAUGUGAAAGAAACAUCAGUGAUCUACAGCAGCAAAUAAGUGAGUGUCGUAAAGCCUGGACUGCUGGGAAAUGGAGGACUGGAUAGUUGUGAAAUAAUUUAUCCAUCUGUUCAGAUCACAACCAUAAGAUAUAAACAUGUUCAUCACCCACAUUGAGACUCAUUUGUUCUCUUUGAACUUUUGUGAGAGAAUGACAGUCUCUUAUUUGUUUUAUGUUUGUUUUGUGUAUAUUUUUUAAUUUGACUCAUUUUAAGUUUGUUUGCGUUUAAUCUGUUAGUACUAUAGACCCAGAUAGCAAGCAACCAUCAAAACAACAUUAAAUCUGUGUUAAUGUGUCAAUGUUAACUGCACUGAAUCAACAUCACUUUUGCACCCACAAAAGAAUGAAUGCUUGAUGUUAAAAAGAGUUAUAAGCACAAUAUAUCCUGAAAAGGAACUCGGUGCAGCACUCACGCUGACACACCGCCAAAGUGUGUGCACAGAAACCUGAAACUCUCAGAAAGAGAUUGUGAAUUAGGGACGUGCUUGAUGUUAAAGUGUUAUUAAGCACAAUAAGUAGGGGUGGGGGAUAAUCUGGUAGACACGAUUAGCUGGUAGAAAUUUGUCAACCGGUAGAGAUUUUGGGCUAUCAUUUCUGUCAUGGUUACACUCACGUGAGGUUGCUAUGCUGCGCGGUCAUGAAAGCUUAUAAUUUGCAUGAGUUUUUAAGCAUUACGGUUAAAAAAACAAGUGGUUUUAAACUGUUGAAGUGCAAUUUGCAGCGAAAGACAACUCAUUUCAGCAUAUGCACGCACUCUCUGAGAGACACGCAAUGCGCAAGGACUGAACUGAGUGCUUUUUGCCACCUAAUUGAGCUUGAACGGUUAAAUACACAUACCUAGGUGUCAAAGUGACCAUGUUUUUGGAAGUAAACUGAGCCAUUUAUGUCUUAGGUGAAGGUACAGUUGAGAAAGACAAGGCUUGAGUAUAAUGGAUCGGUGCAGUCAGUCUUAAAGGGACAGCAUCCAAAUUUACUUUCUGUCAUUAUUAAUGCUAAACAAACAACAACAACAAAAGAGAGAGAAAAUCUCUCACUGCUUGCUUUUUGUAACUUUAAUAAAAAUAAAAUGUAUGUUUAAUUUACACUGUAAAGACUAUGCAUUGUUUUUAUACUUUUGAUUACUUUAUACAUUUUACGUAGUAUUUCUAGGGCUUGAAGUGUUUUUUUCUUCGGGUAGGUCUAUUUCAUUUGUGUCUUUGUUCUAUUGUUUGUUUUCUUUGCUCUUUCUUUAUCACUGUUUAUUUGUCUUCAGUAAACUUGAGAGUUUUUUAGGCUAGUAUUCAUUUUUUAAAUGAUAGUGAAAUUGGUGAUAUUGUGAUAUAGUGAAAUUGAAUACAAGUUAUGAUAUACUGAAUACAAGUUCUGAACUAUUGAGUACAAGUUAUGUUUAUGUGGUACAUUUUCUUUAAAUCCAUUAUAAAAUUGUUAAAUGUUAUUUUUCUAAUAUUGCUAAAUAGUGUCUAAUUUACUAUUUGUGCUUUAUGUAAAACAAAAGUGUUAUGUGCAUUUAUUGAAUUAAUUAUUUUCAUUUCGCAUACCUGCAUACCGUGAUGUGCCAUCACUGCAGCGUUCUUCUUUAAUUUUUCUUUAUUCAUCUUUAUUAUACUUCUUUUCUGGUAACUGCAAAUCAAGAUACAAAACACUUUUAUGUAAAUAUAAACACUGUGUAAUGCGAUAGUGAUGAUUUAAGUGUGUUUAAAGCUGUUCAUUUUACUAUACUGAUAGUGUGUCAUGAGUUUAGCAGGCUUGAGCACAUGGUUAGCACGGGUGCCUCACGAUUAGCGCGAUAGCCGCUACAUGUGAUAAAUGGUCAGCAUGUCGAUGUUAUUUGAGUGUAUAAAAGUUCAUGAUGUUGUUUCAGAUUUAUGAGUUAUCUUAAACUUGCACAUUUAGGUAAUUUAACCCCCUUGUAUCUAAGUUGUGCAUCUUAAUUAAUAAUUUAUGUGUCUUUAUGUUGUAUGAAAUACAUCAGAUACAAAGGAUUGAAUAGCGUUUAAAAAUUAGCAUGUGGUUAAUAUCCAUUCCCAGCUAUAUUGUUGUAUCGUCAGUUUAGUUAUUUUAUUCCAUUGUUGAGAGUAAAUAUGAAUUAAUAUGUUAUAUAUGUUUUGGUGCUUAUGUGUACAUUCCGAACAUUCUAUUCUUUUUGCAAAGAACAUAAGAUUUGAGUGUCACUGUGCUAGUUGUCAAUGCCACAAAUGUAUUUUUAGGACUAGAGCAUGUGAACUAAGUUUGUUAAAUAACCUGUUGAUCAUAUUUUCUUAAUUUUUCUAUUGUGAUGGAAAGUGUUUGAAAUCAUUAUUCAGUCAUUACUGUGAAAAAGUGGCGUGUUGAUACUGUAAUGUACUGAGCUUAAUGUGCAUAUGCUUUCAUUAUUCAUUCAGAGUAAAUACGCCAUCAAGGAA